AGAGGGUAGUCAGUGCUCUCAGGAUAAGCUUGACUCCUCCACUUUCCUGGUGGGGAAAGGAGUUGGCUUCUCUUUUCUCUGGAGCCCUUAUGCUGGCCUUACUGUGACUACUUACCUUCUCUCCCUUCUACCUGUUUCUGACCCUACAUGCUGAUUUAGGUCAUCAAGUCUUCUUGAUGCUGUUUGGCAUAUAAAAGUUUCGAAGGCCCCUGUAGCUGAUCUUUGCAGCAAGAAAUAAAUGCUUUGCUGAAGAAUUACUGACCUACAGACACUGUGUUCCAUACACCAUCAAGAUGAAAUGAAAAUAACUUAUUAAAAGGCAAGUCCUUCAUUUAAGGGGUUGAGUAAAAUAGUAUUUAAAAAUAAUUCCAGCUGGUUAAAUUUAGGGUGCUGAAAAAGUCCAGUCCAAGAAUACUCCUUGGCUUUGGGCCCAGAGUAUUUUUAUGUGACAGUGAAUUAGAUUUUUCAUUCAUGUUGAGCUUCUCAGUAUUUGAUUCUGAGAUAGGCAAAUAUUGUUGGCCUUAAUCAUAUUGGUUUCCUAUCCCAAAUGCUCUCAUCCUACAGGAUUAUUGACAUUAAAAGAUGGCUUAAUAUUGCUGACACAUUUUCAGUGUGAAACAUCAGAUCUUCCAUCAUCUUUUCAAUCUUUUUAUAUCUAUUUCUUCUUUUCCACUCCCACUUUCAUCCUAAUGAACAUCCUUAUCAACUCAUGCCUAGAUUUUUCAAUUGCCUUCUAAUUGUUACCACCAGAUACAGUCUUAAAUGAGAUUCAGAUGAAUCUUUGCCAGCUUCUCAGGGGCAGGGUAGUACCUCCCUGCUUUCUUUUCCAGAGCUCUGGGUUAACUUGUAUGGUCUGGAUCUACUUUCCUGGAGGAAGACAGGAGUGGGCUGGCAUAUGGAAAAGGAGCUACUGUUUUUCUUUACGCCCCCCAGGACUCAGUGAGAGGUUGGGUAGUCUUUCUGGUCCCAGUGCCAACUUUCCUGCAGCCUCCUGUUGCUUCCUGGUGAGAUGGCUCAGUUGGAACAAAGAGAGGAAGAGCAGCUCUCUGAAGGCCACAUGGCACCUGGGAAGUUGGAAAGACAGGGCCAGGUAUUUCCUCUACUCCAGGAGAAAAGAGAGCCGGAGGCGAACACCAAGAGGAGGAUCAGCCGCUGGCAGGUUGAGGGUGCAGGUCAGUUGAAACUGUCGAUAGACAAACAAGACCGAGUUUUGCUUCUUCAUAUCAUAGAAGCCAAAGAUCUCAUGACCAAAGAUCCUGGACCUUGUGAUGCUUAUGUGAAGGUGUCUGUGGUACCUGAUAAUGAUCGAAAACGGAGGCAGAAAACCCAGACUAUCCCAGACUGUAAAAAUCCAGCUUUUCAUGAACGGUUUUUCUUUCCCAUCCAAGAGGCAGAUGAGCAGAAGCGGCUUCUGGUUGCUGUGUGGAACAGAGAGAGAGACCAUAGGCAGAGUCAACUCAUUGGCUGCAUGAGCUUUGGGGUAAAGUCUCUCCUGGCCCCUGACAAGGAGAUCAGUGGCUGGUAUUAUCUUCUGGGACAGGACCUGGGCCGAACAAAACAUCUUAAAGUGGCAACUCGACGGUUGAAGCAGAGCAGAGAUCUAUUACUGAGAAAGCCUGAGCUGGCACUGAAACAUGUGGACACAGAAAACAUGCAAGUAUUCAAGAUCACGAUCCCGAGGGGAAGGGACGGCUUUGGUUUCACCAUCUGCUGUGACUCUCCUGUUCGAGUUCAAGCUGUAGAUUCUGGGGGCCCUGCAGAUCGAGCAGGGUUGCAGCAACUAGAUACGGUGCUACAGCUGAAUGAGCAGCCUGUGGAACACUGGAAAUGUGUGGAGCUGGCACAUGAGAUCAGGAACUGCCCUGGUGAGAUCAUCUUGCUAGUGUGGCGCAUUAUCCCUCAGAUCAAACCUGGCCCUGAUGGUGGUGUCCUACGAAGGGCCUCCUGCAAGUCAGCUCAUGACCUCCAGUCGCCCCCCAAUAAACGGGAGAAGAACAGUGUCUUGGGUAGCAGGCCUGAGCAGCGUCGCAGCUGUCAUCUGGUGUGUGAUAGCUCUGAUGGGCUACUUGUGGGUGGCUGGGAGCGCUACAGUGAAGUGGGGAAACGGACCCAGCACACUUUGCCACCAUUGUCCCGGGCUUCAGCUCCCACUGACCCCAACUACAUCAUCUUGGCCCCUUUGAACCCAGGGAGCCAGCUUCUGAGGCCCUUGUAUCAAGAGGACAGUAUCCCAGAGGAUGAAGGGAACACUAGCAAAGGGAAAUCCCACACAGGCCUGGGGAAGAAAUCCAGACUGAUGAAGACAGUGCAGAACGUGAAGGGCUAUGGUAACUACCAGAACUGUACCAUCAUGAAGCCCCACAGCCCACACUCAAGCUAUGGCACCUAUGUGACACUGGCUCCUAAAGUCUUGGUGUUUCCUGUUUUUGUACAGCCCCUAGAUCUCUGUAACACAGCUCGGACUCUGUUGCUGGCUGAGGAACUUAUGCUUUAUGAGGGGAGGAACAAAACUUCCAAGGUGACGUUGUUUGUAUACUCUGACCUGUUGCUCUUCACCAAGGAGGAUGAGCCAGGACGGUGCAAUGUCCUGAGGAACCCACUCUACCUCCAGAGUGUAAAACUACAGGAAGGUUUGUCAGAAGACUUGAAAUUCUGCGUACUCUAUUUGGCAGAGAAGGCGGAGUGCUUAUUAACUUUGGAAGCAUACUCACAAGAGCAGAAGAAGAGGGUGUGUUGGUGCCUGUCCGAGAACAUUGCCAAGCAGCAACAGCUAGCAGCAGCAGCGCCACCGGAGAGCAAGAUGCUUGAGACAGACGUGGAUGAAAGAAAAGAGAUGCCUUUUGAGGAGGAGGUUCCCCCUUCUACUGAGGGGGUGGCUAGUGGGGCACCUGAGGAACCAGGACCUCUUGACAGCAACUGUACCCAAAAGGAAGCCCUUGCAGGAGAGGCCACAAGCCCAGAGAUGACCCUGCCUGCUGAAGGGGUGGCCAGUGGGACACCCGAGGACCAGAAGCCUCCUGAGAACAAUCCAACCCAAGGGGAAGCACCUGCAGAGGAGGCCCCAAACCUGAAGGUGCCCCUGCCUGAUGAGGGGGUGGACAAUGGGGCACCUGAAGAACAUGGGCCUCCUGCCAGUGACUGUCCUCAGGAGGAAGUGCCCACAGAAGAGGCUAUGGGCUCUGAGGCCCCUCCCUUAAUUGACAGGCCCCCCUUUGUGAUUCCCGAGGUCCGCCUGGACUGCACUUUCAGUCAGAGCUUAGGAGCAGAGGGGAUAGAGCAGGAUGGUGGACUGGAUGAAGAGGCUGAAGAAGAGGAGGAAGAUGGUGAGGAGGAAGACGAGGAUGAGGACGAUGAAAGUGACGACAACUACUUAGACCGGAGCGAGGCAAAGCGGUGCAGCAUGAUUGAGACGUCGGGCACCGAAGGGGCCUUCAUGCUGACGGUGCAGAACUCCCUGCGGCGACGAACCCACAGUGAGGGCAGCCUCCUGCAAGAGACCAAGAGCCACUGCUUCACCUCAGACACCACCCUGAACUGCUCCGAUGGAGAGGGCAAGAAGAGCGUCUGGGGCCUGGCCUCCCCCAGGACUGUGAAGAAGGAGCUGGCUCGCAAUGGGGGCUCCAUGCACCACCUCUCACUCUUCUUUACAGGACAUAGAAAGCUGAGCGGGGCUGAGGCAAGCUGUGAUGAAGGUGCUGAAGCGUCUGAGAAGAGGAGCAAAAAACUGGCCAAAGAUAUGAAGAACAGACUGGGGAUUUUCCGGAGAAGAAAUGACUCUCCUGGGGGCAAUGUGGCUGGCAAGGCAGACAAAGGGAUGAAAUCCCUGAAGCCCACCUCUGAGGAGGCACUCAAGUGGGGAGAGUCUCUGGAGAAACUGCUGUUGCACAAAUAUGGACUAGCAGUGUUUCGUGCCUUCCUCCGAACAGAGUUCAGUGAAGAGAACCUGGAAUUUUGGCUGGCAUGUGAGGACUUCAAGAAAGUCAAAUCCCAAUCCAAGAUGGCAUCCAAGGCAAAGAAAAUCUUUGCAGAAUAUAUUGCCAUCCAGGCGUGUAAAGAGGUGAACCUCGACUCCUAUACCCGGGAACACACCAAGGGCAACCUGCAGAGUGUCACCAAGGGCUGCUUUGACCUGGCCCAGAAGCGUAUCUACGGGCUCAUGGAGAAGGACUCCUAUCCUCGCUUCCUGCGUUCUGAGCUCUACCUAGACCUCAUUAACCAGAAGAAGCUGAGCCCUCCAUUGUAGGGGGCUCCCUUUCCUUUCCCCCGGGCAGCCGGGAGACAUGUAUGUUUACAUGAAGCCGGCCCAGCAAGUGGUCUGUCCUCUCCCUCCCCACCCUCCUGAGGAUGGCUGAGAGAAUGGGCCACUCUGUUGUCUGUGACUCCUCGAAGCCAUAUCUCUGUUGGACUGGCCCAUGGGCAUAUGAGAAGCCUGAGGCCUGCACUACAAGAGUCCCUGGGGACUCAAGAAGCCAGUGGGCUGGUGCCAUGUGUGUUGGCACCCUACCCUCACCCCCAGUGCCGCUCUCUGGUACGACGAUGCCUGCCCCAGGACUGGGCCUAUGGGCAUGGCACAUAGGCAGGGCUUUGGUUCAGGCUGAAAGGUUCUUGUCCAGGCAGCAAGGAGCCAGGGGCAGGUGUGAAGCUGGGGGGAUAGGGGACCAACCAGUACAGAAACCUUACCUCUAACUUAUGAGCUCCACCAAGCAUCUGGCCUGCCACACCUUCUGGGUCACUUCGCAGUGAUCAAGGUCCUGGAAGAACUGGGUAGCAGAAGGUAGGGGCGAGGAAGGUAUUGCCCUGGGCCAGGUGGCAGGUGCUCAGGUGACCUCCUGUAGGUUGUGGCCGUCAGGCGCCAUCCCUUGGGCAUGGUGCUCAGCGCCCUGACAUCCCCCACCCUGGGCCCUGGCCUCAGGAUUUUAUUUAUUUCAACACUGUAGCCGAAUGCUUGAUGCAUUGUUCUGUAAUAGGAAAUCCUUGCCUCUUUAUUUUCUUAAUUUACAAGUGCAAUAUUUUCAAUCUGUUUUCGUGGGAAGCUACAAAGCAGAAUGACCGUUCUAUUUUAAGAAGGUGUACACACUUUUAUAAUUUGGGGUGGGAGGGAGGGUUGGUUUUUGCCCAGGGGCCCCUGGCAGCAGGCAGCUGGGGCCCCUGGAUGUACAUAUUAUUUGUUGAAAAUCUCAAGUUCAAUAAUAUGAACAAAGUGCCGUGCAAGCCUGACCCUCAGACCAGAGGGGCAGUGUCUCUGAAGGGCCUGCCUGGCUCUGGACAGCACAUUUGGUCCCUGAGGGCUAUUUCUGUGGCUCCCAAACCAUCCACACAGCCAGGUGAUGGAAUGAAUAAAAGGCCCUUGUGACUUCUA